AAACGAUAAUAUACCGACUAAAGCUUCCAAAAUCCCGUCAAAAUCCCGCGAGAUUUGUGAUAUCAGAACAUUCUCGCGACAAUAACAGAGAGACUUUGUUAGAGUGCCGAAAAUAUGGCGGACAGGCUAACGCAACUCCAAGACGCUGUCAAUUCGCUCGCAGAUCAGUUUUGUAAUGCCAUCGGCGUCCUGCAGCAAUGUGCGCCUCCGGCCUCCUUCAGUAACAUCCAGACAGCAAUCAACAAAGAUCAGCCCGCAAACCCAACCGAAGAAUAUGCCCAGCUAUUUGCUGCCCUGAUUGCCAGAACGGCCAAAGAUGUGGAUGUACUAAUUGACUCCCUGCCCAGCGAGGAGUCCACGGCAGUUCUGCAGGCGGCCAGUCUGCGUCAGCUGGAGGAGGAGAACCACGACGCAGCAGCUCGCCUGGAGGAGGUGGUUUAUCGUGGUGACGUGCUGCUGGAGAAGAUCCAGAGCGCCCUGGCUGACAUCGCCCAGUCUCAGCUCCGCACACGCAACGGAGCGCCAAGCCAGCCCUCGCCGGCCGAAUCCUGACCCGCGGCGAACACAGUGAAGUCCUGGACAAUUCUCAAUUCGUUGACUCUUCAUUUUUACCCUCAGACAUCCGCUGCUGGCCUCAAAACAGUCCGAGCAUGUCUGUAGGGGAAAUGCAAAUGAAAUGUCAUUUGGUUGCUUAGCAACGCUAAUUCAAAUGGUAAAGGUGGGUCUUCACAGACGCACCCUUUUUUUUCAAAAAGGACCUUUGUGUUCACAUGCUGAGAUAUCGUUUGUCUCCACAACAUUGGUCUGAAUGUGUGAUUUGUCACCAUGCCUUUUAUUUAAUGUUGAUCAAGUCUGUUUUUUUUUUUUUGUAGAUAUUUAUGAAUGAAUUGAUUUAAAAUUCUUGUUUUGGUGUAUCCAGUGAAAAAGCUCUAGACAAGCUUUAGACCAUUUGACAAACUUGCUCUGCUCACUGUAACUCUGACGCAUUUUGUUUUCUUUUUUAAAUAAAGUUUGAUACACAGAUAAAAUGUGUUCAAGGUUUGUGUCUAUGACACACAAACCUCUAAACAUUUGUUUUGUGAUUCAGGUGAAGGAAGUGUUUCUAGCUCUGCUACACAAAGGAUAUUUAUUGUGAAGGUGGUUCUUAAAUCAUGGCAUUGCACAAAGUUUGAAGUCUACAUAAUACUAUGAUUAAUUGUGCGUUAUUGAAAUUAUCUCAUUUUCACUAUUUGAACACUUCUGCGGUUCUUAAAUACACAACUACAACUUCCUCAAAAAAUGUCAAAUACAUUUGUAAGAACUAAGCUUUGUGUUGUCUUUUGAGAUGACUUCAUGAGUAAGAUUCUAAAAUAACUUUGGAAGACAGUCUGUUGAGGGAUAACUUUUGGAAGAGAGCUGCUGAUAUAUAUGACAUAGAUAUGGGAACAGUGACCAAUUUAGUACUCCAUAGUGAAAAUUCUGGGUGGAAAUAAAUCAUUUUAGGGUUUUCUUCUGGAAACCCUACCAAUUAAAUUGUAUCAUGUUAUUUUAAUAUCUAGAUCCUUUGAAACCAUUCUUUAACGACAUCUCAAUGGUACAAAAAAUAUCAUUUUUCAAGAUGCAGUUUUUUACAGCUCAAGCAGUAUGAGAGUACCCGAGUGGUCCCAGAGUAAUCUAUAGAACAGCAAAAUACAUACUAAUGUCUAAUUAACUGUUUAUUUACGUAAUUCCUUUAAAUUCAAUAAAUGUGUGUUAACUCUUAAGAAGUCUCAUUUGAUGAAAGAAACAUGGUUGGUGAACUGUUAAUAAAGAAAAUCCAGCUAAAAUAAUAUUUUAAUACAUCAGUGUUUUGGUGUGGGGUGCGUCCUUAAUUUCCCUCAAAUAAAAAAAGUCUCUCUCUGGUCUUAGUCCAGGCUUCACGGCACAGAGUUUAUUCA